GUCCGCGGUGGACCAAGGCGCCCAGUGGAGUCGCGAAGUGGCUGGCGAUGGCCGCGGAGAGGUGCACAUUUGCAUAUCAAGUUGGACCUGUUGCAUUUCAUGGAUUCAGCAGUCCUACGUUGCCACUGGACCAUGAGGAGGCAGAAGGAAAAUCAAGUGGGUUCCAUCUGCAGUGGUUUUUAAAAGGGCAAGAAGAAAAAUCCAGAAGCCGAGGAACCUGAGAAGCUCAUGGAUCUGAAGGGUAGGGGUGAGGGCUUGCAUCCCCUCUACAAGAAGACUCCAUCUGCUGCAGUGGCUGGAUUGCACGCCACACCCUCGGAGUAAGCCCCACCCAGAAAGCACCCCCUGGUUUCAUAAGCUCUUCUGUUUAUAUCUUCCUCAUUUGAAAACUGGCUGUAAAGUUCUACCCACCAAAACUACUCAAAUCUACACCAUCAAGAUUCAUCCUCAGGUGCCAUUCCUCAAAACUCGCCCCCUGGUGCUAUUCUCCAAACACAGACCAAAGCUUUAUGACUUGCUCUGGUGUGUGGAACUCUAAGCUCUAAUCAUCCUGGGGGGCCUUAAGCUUCACUCACCUGCAGCCGGCCAGCACCCUCCACUGCCCCGCGGAGUGGGGUAGGGGGUGGGAGAGGGCAAAAGACCCCGACUAAGUAGAAUUAAAUACAACAGGAGGUUCGGAGUGUGAGGAAUACCCAGAGAAAGGACGUGUCGCUAGCUGCGGAUGCGAGUGAUGAAAAGUUAAAAGCGGUUAGUUGUGAGUUCUUGUGGCAGGCCUCCCCGUUCCUCCUCCCCGCCCCGUCCAGCCCCGCCCCAUCUUCCUAAACACUUUGCCCCUAUCCCCCAGAGGGUCAAGUUAACCAAAGGAAAGAAGAAAUGCUUUCAAAAUGAAUCUUGUUUUGCUUCCUGCAGACAACAGACGCUGUCACCUGGAUCCUGGCUUCACAUUCCAAACCAGAACAUUACUUUCUUUCCAGUGUUGUGGUUACAAACAGUUUUGUUAGAAUGGCUUUCAUUCCGUAUCACUCACUGCCCCACUGAAAGUGUACCUUUCCAGACCGGGAGCUGGCUGAAGGAGUUUGCUGCAAAACUUGAUGACCUUACUUUGAUUCCAAGCUCCACUGACUCUGCAAAGUUGCCCCCAGAUCACCAUGGUUCUCAUGUCCCCAGCCUCCCAAAUAAAUACAAUUUUAAAAGUGGGCCAGCAACUGGAAUUUUAUUCAGCAACUAAAAAAUAACAUUAUGGUCCAGCACUUGGGAGGCAGAGGCAGAGGCAGUCGGAUCUCUGUGAGUUCAAGACAAACCUGGUCUACAAAGUGAGUCCAGGACAGCCAGGGCUCUGUUACGCAAAGAAAGUCUGUCUCAAAAAAAACAAACAACAAAAACAAACAAACAAACAAACAGGAAAAGAAAAAGAAAGAAAUUAUGAAAUUUCAGGAAAACGUGUUAAGGCCAGGACAGAGCAAGAGAGCAAGAAAAGGCAAGAUGGCUCCGUGGCUCAGCAAUACACGCUACAAGCAGGCACCAGCUCUCAGGACCAGAAAGGCAUUGGUGGCCCCCUUAAACCUUCAGGUAUCUGGAGAGGAGAUCUAACCUUCACUAUGAAACUGUGGCUUUUUGCCUGCCUGGUUGCCUGUUUUGUUGGGGCCUGGAUGCCGGUUGUCCAUGCCCAAGGUGCCUUUGAAGACUGCUGCCUGGGUUACCAGCACAGGAUCAAAUGGAAUGUUCUCCGGCAUGCUAGGAAUUAUCACCAGCAGGAAGUGAGUGGAAGCUGCAACCUACGUGCUGUGAGAUUCUACUUCCGCCAGAAAGUAGUGUGUGGGAAUCCAGAGGACAUGAAUGUGAAGAGGGCGAUGAGAAUCUUGACAGCUAGGAAAAGGCUAGUCCACUGGAAGAGCGCCUCAGACUCUCAGACUGAAAGGAAGAAGUCAAACCAUAUGAAGUCCAAGGUGGAGAACCCCAACAGUACAAGCGUGAGGAGUGCCACCCUAGGUCAUCCCAGGAUGGUGAUGAUGCCCAGAAAGACCAACAAUUAAGUUAAUUACUCAGAGUAAGCACCAGCUGGAGGAUGGGAGGAGUCUGCUGAAGUGCCGUCUUCUAGGCAUGCCAGUGCCAAUGAACUCACUGAAGCUACAGUUUCCUGUACAAGACCAGACCCACCAACGUCUCAGCAUGUAUGAGGAAGGAACUACUGCGCUAAAGGCCCUCCCACUCACCAAGGAGCUAUUGGCUAUUGAUGAUUGCUGAGGGAAGGGAGUAAUUUUUUUUCUCUUUCUGAAGUGUGACUUGAGUAAAUUGCCCAUAGUUCAGUAUAUAAUCCCCAACCUGUGCUCAGGCAAGCAACCCUAAUUAAAUGCAAUAGCCACAUACAAAAGAAAAGGAUAUGAAUAGUUUGGUAGGAGGGGCUUGUUAGGAAGAAGACAUUAACAGGAGAGAGAGGAACGAGAGGAUAGUGAGUGUGUGAGAGUGCCUACACAUGUGAAAUGGUCAAAGAAUUAAAAAAUAAAAACUUAAAAAGCUAUUAAAAAGUAAUGACUGACA